AUGCUUGUAAGAAACUACGUACAAGCGGUUUUGACCUGCAUGGACCUCUGCCGCCUAUUCCAGUUAGUGCGAAUGUCUGCAACUCAGAUGAAGGUCAGCGCUUUUGACAUUGCAAGGCAACAGGUCACUUGCCACACCAUGGAGUUUGCCAGAGGUGGUUUGCUGGAGUCUGUGAAGGCGGUUGCAGCCAAAACCAAGACGUCAGUGUCGUUGGAGAGAAAGACGCGGCAUCUACCAGUAGCUGUGCCGCUGAUCCCAUUCGGAGAUCAACAGUGGCUGCCAACUUGGCUGGAACUGAGAAAGAAAAUUUUUGGAAAUCUGGCCAACAGCAAGGAUGAUUUCAUUCCUCUCCUUCCUGCUCCUGCUGCAAAUGGGUCCUGGUCCAAGAUGCCCUUAUCUGUGACCUCAGGCGCCAAUUGGUUGAGGAGUUUGCUCCAUGACACUUUGGAUCCUCGUGGAACGCCCGUGGGCACACACAGUUUGAAAGCAAGCUUGCUUUCCAUGGCGGCGAAGUACGGGUUGCCUCACUCUCAGCGCAAGUUGCUGGGAUACCAUGCUGGCAGCAAAGAGCAGAGCAUGCUGUGCUACUCCAGGGAUAGCAUGGCAGAACCCCUUCGUCAAAUGUGUGAGAUGAUACGGGCUGUGAAGAACAAAGCUUUCUUACCAGACUGUUCACGUUCAGGCCGUUUUCCUUUGAAAGAACUUGGUGAUGAGGUCAUCGAAGGGGACGAAUUGAGUGAUUCAUCUUCCUCCGGUUCGGAGAAUGAGGAGGAGACCCAUCACGAAAGUGAGGAGAGUGCUUGUGAGAAGCUCUUGGGCCAAUGGCAGCCCGCCACUGUCGAGCCGAUGGAAGAAAAGGUCUUUGUGAGGCACCGCAUUUCCAGGUGCAUCCAUGCAUUGGCUGAUGAGACAGGACUGGAGUUUGUAUGUGGCAGGCGAAUGUCACAGUCAUACGACGUGUUGGAGCCCAAGCCUUCCUUUUGUCACCCUGUGUGCCAAACAUGUUUCAGAGACAGGGCCACCUGA